AUGUAUAUCAUGAGCCAGGAAAAGAGGGGGUUGAAGUCUAUUAUGGCUAUUGGUAGUAAAAUGCUACUCUUCUCCUCUUAAUCAUAGGAUAUUUGACCAAGGUCUCUCCACCUUAAAAUCAUGCUAGAAGCACUAGAGCAGACAACCGAAACUUGGGUGAAUUUCAAGGCUCUAGAUUAAUAUGACAUGGGACUGCUGGGGAAAUUGUCGCACCUCCCAGAUUGAGUCCCAAAAUGAUUGCGUGAAUGGCUGGGCUUAGCACGAGACCUCUGGGGACAAUGUCUAAAAUCCUUCGAAGAAUGACUAUCGCAAACAAGCAAUGGGAGCAAUACUUUCAUGACCGACCUCAUCACAUGUUCUAAGUGAAUACCAGAAAUAGUCAAGACAUAAAUUAAAUUGCUGCGCCCUCUACCUCUUUCCGUACCUAUAGCCAUUUGAUAGUUGUUGGAUCAGGCUUCUCCCUCGUUUCAUGGACAAAAUGCAAAACCCAAACCCAGGUGAGACUGGUGGAAAGGGCAGAAAAGACUGCAUUGAGUCAGGCAAGAGACUUGAUAAAGAGCUACACGAUAAGUUAGCCGCCAUCAAAGCCAACCCUCAAAACCUGGGUAAAGAAGCACGCAAGCCAUUUGACAAGAUUCCUGGCUACAAACUCAUCAUACAUGAUCCCUUUAAAGUCACCGACCCCAAGUACUGUGCUAAAGACAAAACUGUGCAUAAAAUGUUCAAGGACCUGAACUUGGACCAAUCUACGAAUUUCAAUUGCGCACAAGUACACUCUUUAGGGAGCGACAACGGCGCCGAACACUUGGUGUCCCAGAACUCCUUUUCACAAGGCGCCUGUGACGGACUAGUCAUUGCGGAAAUUAGUGAUAUGAGAAAAAGUAAUGUUACACCUCCCCAAGACAGAAUCGAACACUGGAGCGAUCUAUUCUUCCAGGUAAUCAAGAAUUUCUACUUCCCAAAGGAUGUCCCUAAGAUUACAUAUAUUCUUCGCGACAUGAUUGGUAACAUCACGACACGAGAAUGCAUCAAAGAAGCGCACAAAAGGCACCAAAACAACGUUUCAGAUGGAAAAGCAACCUUUGAUCGCUCCAAUUCUACAAACAGCGAGCUGGAGACCUACUAUUCGCUUUUACGUAGUCCGAACGGUGUAGGGGUUGCUCAUCUGUUGGAAGAUUAUCCUGCAACGUUUCGGCAGAGGAAGAUAGUAAAAAUUCACACCUGGAUGGCCAAGAUAUAUCCGGAAGACCAAUAUUCAAGUUUUUGGAAGUAUGCUAUGGCGUUUGAACUUGGCCCUGCGUAG